AUGGGUAGAACACAAAUCUUCAACGACACUCAGUGCAGGGAGGCUGCAGAGGCGGUCAGCGGAGUACUGUACUUGGCUCCGUCACUUUGCAAUACGGUCUCCUCAGUUGCGACGUUCUUCGUGUGUGGCUUGAUCUACUUGAACUACAAGUUCCGUCUCUUCUACCAUAUCAAUGCGAGGAAAGAAGCGUUUCCAAAUUGUGAAACGACUAUUGGUAGCGAAUUUCAUUUUUUCGCCACCCACGAAGUUGUCACCUGGGACUGGAGUUCUCGAUUCAUGGAACGUAUUAGGAUUCUCAUCUUCCUCAACAUUGGAUCCUACCUAAUCUUCUCCACAGCUACUCUUCUUAACUACUCAAUUCUCUUCAUCAACGCAAUCUUCGCCGAUAACAACUGCGAUUACCUUUUCCUCACCAAGAACUGCUCUAUUCUCCGUCGUUGUUUCUUAUUUAGCAAUAUGUUGUCAACUCUCUCUUCUUUCUCUAUCAUCCUUGAGCGAGCCUACGCUACAUGGAAGUUGGGACUCUAUGAGCAUUACGGACCCCGUCUCGGAUUCUUCUUGGCUACCGGUUGUAUUAUGAUCUCUGCCAUGAUGGUUGCAGUUGUUACUGGAGAAGAAGACGCUACUGAAAUGAUGACCAACUGCUAUGCAUUCUCCUCAUCACCUUCUGUUGGUCAUAGAGUUUACAACUUGUUCCGUUUUGAAUUUGCAGUGGAUAUUGCUACUUGGAUUGGAUAUUUCUUCCUCUUAUGGUUCCAUGAACAUAGAAUCCGCCAACAAAUCAAGGGAAAGUUGCCACAAAGAUUCCAAGCCGAGGAGAACAAACUUGUCCUUCAAGUUCUCCGUCCAACCAUUCUCACAUCAAGCGCCAUCAUUGCUGUCUACAUUAUCUUCUCCUCCACCGGCCAUCUCUUCCGUGACCAAAUGUCUCUUGCCCAUUACAAACAACUCGCUUCAAUGAUCUUUAUUAUGCCACACAACUCGUUCAUCUCCAUGACCCUGUACUACUUCAUCUUCAAGUGGGGAUGGCAAGACAAGAAGAAAAGAAUGGAAGACACUGUGAGCUCCCCAAAUUUGUCUGAGAAGGAGUUUAUGGCAAAACUAAGCCGGGAAUGGCAAGAAGAAUUCGACAAACGAGAGUCGGCUAACCCAUCUCCACGAACUCCACGUACAACCUCCUACUUCCAUAGACUAAGCCGAUACACCAGCACCGUUUGA